UCCGAAGCUACAAAAAGCACACUGCCAUUGCCGAUCGCCAUUUUCUUCUCCCUCGAAUUCCAAGCUCUUCCCUGUCCUCUAAUGGCGGUCGGCCCGACUUGACGACGUCACCAUCAAAUCCAACUUACAAACUAACAAAACACACGCCGGAGACAACUGUUCUGUCACCAUCACUGCUUCCCCGGUCCGGGCCGGGCCAUGGCUGUCUCCCCAACGUCUCUGCUACUUUUUCAGUACUCCACUCUUUCUCUCUCUAAACUCCCCAUGUGAUUCGUUUUUUUCCUCUUUUUUCUCCUCCUUUUUGCAAUGGCGCAAUCGAUUGAAGUUAUCUUCUAGCGUGUAGGAUUGCCUUUUACCCAAACGACGCCAUUAUUGCAAUUUGGGGAAAUUUUUAGAACCCUAGAAAUUUCUGAUUGAAGUUUGUGCAUUUUGAGUUGGUUGAAAUUAGGUUAGGGUUAGAAUUUGGAAUAGAUUAGAUUGUUGAGUUUGAGAAAAAUGGGGAAAAGAGGGUUUAAUUAGGGUUUAGGAAUUUGAUCGGAGGAGGCGCCGGUUUCAAUGGCGCUGCUCAGGCGACUCUUCCACCGGAAACCGCCGGAUCGGCUUCUGGAAAUUUCCGAGCGCCUCUACGUAUUCGAUUGCUGCUUCUCCGCCGCCGCGCACGGCGGCGAUGAGUACAGAGCUUACCUGUCGGCGGCGGUGGCGCAGCUGCAGGACCACUACCCUGAUGCCGCCUUCAUGGUCUUCAAUUUCAAGGAAGGUGAACGCCGGAGCCAAUUUUCCGACGUGCUGUCGCAGUACGAUAUGACCGUUAUGGAUUACCCUCGCGGCUACGAAGGCUGUCCGCUCCUGCCGCUCGAGAUGAUCCGCCAUUUUUUCCGGUCGACCGAGAGCUGGCUGUCGGUGGACGGCCAAAACAACGUCGUUUUGAUGCACUGCGAGCGCGGCGGCUGGCCGCUGCUGGCGUUCAUGCUCGCCGGACUUCUUCUCUACCGGAAACAGUUUUGCAGCGAGCAGAGGACUCUGGAAAUGGUUUACAAUAAAGCUCCGGUGAAGGAGCUUCUCCAUCUUUUAUCGCCGGUGAAUCACCGGCCGUCGCAGCUCCGGUACUUAUCGUACAUUACGAAGUCGAAUUUGAAUUUCGGUUCGGAUUUGGCGCCGAUGUUGCUCGAUUGCGUUGUACUUCGAUCGCUUCCGUCGAGCGACUUCGAUGGCGCCGUGCUCCGUGUCUACGGCCACGAUUUGUUGUCGAAAACGUCGAUUUCGAGCUCGAAGACUCUGUUUUUGAGCAAUGUGACGAAGUGCGAUCGUUCGUCGGAGAAGAUCGACAUUCGACGUUAUGUUCAAGGCGAUAUCAUUCUCGAGCUGGUUCGUUCCGGCGACGAUUUUCCGCCGGAGGAAGUAGUUUUUAGAGUUAUGUUCCACACGGCAUUCGUCCCGGGGAACGUUUUGCGGCUAACGCGCGACGAAGUCGACGUUCUUCGCGACGCGAAAGAAAGAUUCUCAACGGAUUUCCGAGUCGAGGUGAGGUUUUCGGAUUCGGGUCAAUCUGUCGAGGACGGAAGGGCGUCGCCGGAGGAGUUCUUUGAGGUGGAGGAGAUUUUUAGUGUCGCGGGCGACGGGCACGGCGGAAACGAGGAUAUCGAUAGCCAUUCGAUUCAAUCCGGAAUCGUAAAACUUGACCGGAAAACUUUGCGCGACGGCGAUAAUCCUUUGUAUUUGGCGUUCCCGGUAGAGUCGAAACCGGCGAAUAAAGAAUCGAACGAAAAUUCGACGCUUUCGUACGAUCCUCCGUCGAGAUAUAAUGCUGCUCCGGUGGCGUUCGAUCCCGACAAAGAUGGAUCGACAGGUGGAAAAUCAAACCCGCCGCCACCGCCACCACCACUGCCGCCACCGCCGCCACCAUCUUCGAGCGUGCAUAACAUUGUUAGAGUUAUGCCGCCAUUUCCUCCGCCACCACCGCCACUUUCGAAUAGAGCACCAUCACCACCUCCGCCACCAAUUUGCGGAGCUCCACCUCCGCCGCCGCCUCCUUUCACCUGUGCACCUGGCCCUCCGGCAACUCCCGGACCUCCUGCACCUCCUCCUUUCAGCUCCAAGGCAUCUCCGGCGUUAACUUCCGGCAGAGGGCGAGGAUUUUCGUGGCUCGGGAUAUCCGCGAGUGCGCCUCGACGAUCGAUGCUACGGCCGCUUCACUGGAGCAAGUUCGCGCGUGUAUCGCAGGGGAGCUUGUGGGAAGAACUGCAGAAACAUGGAGAACCUCAAGGAUUUUGCUCGAUCGAUUAUCUUUGCAGGUCGCCGGAAUUCGAUGUGUCGGAGCUGGAGGCGCUGUUCUCGGCGGCAGUCCCGAAGCUCGAAAAUUCUGGUGCGAAAUCAGCAGCGCGACGGAAGUCUGCUGGAUCGAAGCCCGACAGAGUUCAUCUGAUCGAUCUGCGGAGAGCGAACAACACGGAAAUCAUGCUAACGAAAGUGAAAAUGCCGCUUCCGGAUAUAAUGGCUGCGGCGCUUGCUUUGGAUGAAUCGAUUCUCGACUCGGAUCAGGUCGAAAAUCUCAUCAAAUUCUGUCCAACUAAGGAAGAAAUGGAACUUCUCAAAGGAUACACUGGCGACAAGGAAGUUCUCGGAAAGUGCGAACAGUUCUUCCUCGAACUGAUGAAAGUCCCUCGAGUCGAAUCCAAGCUACGCGUUUUUCUAUUCAAGAUCCAAUUCACUUCUCAGGUUACAGAUUUUCGGAAAAGUUUGAACACUGUGAGUUCUUCAUGUGAAGAGCAAUGCAUCGAUCAGAUCCGGAAAUCCUUUCGACUGAAAGAAAUCAUGAAGAAAAUCUUGUACCUCGGAAACACAUUGAAUCAAGGAACUGCCCGAGGUUCUGCUUUAGGCUUCAAAUUAGACAGUCUUUUGAAGCUCAUAGACACGCGAUCGACAAACAAUAAAAUGACGCUUAUGCAUUAUCUUUGCAAGGUGCUUGCUUUAAAGGCGCCGCAUCUUCUGGAAUUCCAUCGCGAUCUUGUUAGCUUGGAACUUGCCUCGAAGAUACAAUUAAAAUCGUUGGCGGAAGAAAUGCAAGCGAUAAUCAAAGGUGUCGAAAAGGUGAAGCAAGAACUCAUAGCGUCGGAGGGCGAUGGUCCUAUAUCCGAUGCUUUUCGCAAGACAUUGAAGAACUUCCUUCGCGUUGCUGAGAACGAAGUGUCGUCCGUAACAACUCUAUAUUCACUAGCGGUAAAUAACUGCCCGCUCGACGAGCUAGCUUGGGAGAAAUGCCGAUGCAUUGGUUCUAUACUUCGGCGAAGAUCCCGCCCGGUUCCCAUUCGAGCAAGUCACAUCGACCCUCUUCAACUUCGUCAAAAUGUUCCAAAAAGCCCACGACGAGAACUGCAAGCAAGCCGAACUAGAAAAGAAAAAAGCUCGAAAGGAGGCCGAAAUGGAGGGCCCAAAGGGACAUCAUCGUCAUCAUCAUCAUCGAAGAAAGACAUGAACAAGAAUCGACAUAUAAUUCUCAAUCUCCGUCUUAUGAAAAUCUUCGAAACAUUAAGACAUGACAACAACCUCGACGGGGGACAACUUGGCGUGGCAUCGAUGAGGGGGGCUCCGUCGGCCCCCCUCAUAAUUCGAUGGAAUUCCACUUUUACAAAGAUGAGUCGAUAGAGGUACGCGUUUUGGAUCUCUAUCUUGAACACGAUGAAGCCAUCUCGCUCUAUGUAGAAGGUUUUUUUUUUUGUUGGCGCCAUUGGAGUUAGACGACAUUCGUCGCUUUCUUCCUCGAGAGGAUUCGACUCGGAAUCGACGGAAUUCGGGCAACAUUGUAGAAAAGUCUAUCUAAAGAUUGACUAUGAUUCUUUUGUUCUAACAUGAAAAAUCAUCUUCUUUGUAAUAACCUUACCUAACUUACCUAAAUAGAACAGUGUACAUAUUUAGGUGUAUUGGUAGACUGAGAGAGUGAAUGUAUAUACUUUGAUGUAUGUAUAUAUGCAUAUA